AUGGUUAAUCAAGAUCGUCCUAGUAUGUCUCGUCACGAUCUUUUAAACCACCAUAGAGACUAUGAAACUUCUCUCUCUCGUUGCGGUCGUUGCGAAUACCCUUCAUCUCAGCAAACUCACUCUUCAAUCCUCAACGGAUCCUCCACUGGGCUCGACAUUGACGUUGCCCGCAUUCCUUCCGCUGAUGCACCUCGAGACUUUACUCGUCAAAUUGUUCUUCAGAGUACCCCUGUCUCUGCUGGAGAUCUUCCUUUAGAAUAUGAUCAAUCAUUCGUUGGACGGUCUCGGAAACGCGAUGCCGUCUUUAUGGAAAAUGGCCUCCUUCCUCGUCGACGUGCUAUUUCCCCCAGUCGUCGACGGCGAAAUGCCGUAUUUUUAGAAGAUGGGCUUCCUGCUGCUCCACGCAGUAUCUCACCCACUCGAAGACGGCGCAACGCAAUCAUUUUCCAAAAUGGCUACUUACCAACUCAUCAUAAGUACCAGAGUGAACAAGCUGUAUCAAGCCGUGCUCGUACCUCGGCUUCUCGACAAUCUUGUUCUCCACUCACCGACUCUGAGAUUGCUCAACCGUCACUGGAGUCGAGACUUCACGAGGAGGCUUUGACCAACCAAAGUUACGGAUGGGACGUGGGUGCGUACUAUGCUCAUGAUGAUGUUGGAACUGGUACUCACCUUGGAUCACAGGAUUCGAUUAUUUUUCGUGAUCAGGAUAUUUGGUACCAUUGGGAUAUAUACCUGUCUUUUAUGAUGGCCCUUAUUGCUUUGUUGAAGCAUCAUCUCAAGGGUAAACGGAGAAUCCUAGGGUAUAGCAAUUUAGAGCGAGAUUUGGAAGUAGUCACUGGUCAGUGCAGAAAGCAGUGGCAAGGAACUUUCCAAAUGUUCAACGUUGUCUAG